AAUGUUGACAUUUCCGUAAAUUUUCAUGUGGAGAGAUUGUUGUUCAUCUUCUGAAUUGUAUUAUCAACUUACCAUCCCUCAAAAUGCACACACAAUUUAGCCGCAGUCAAUCGUUGACUAACUAUUUGACUUUGGAGGAGAUGGUGAGUGAACUGGAAAAGUUUGCACCAUUGGAAUUAGCCGAGAGUUGGGACAACGUUGGUCUGUUGGUUGAGCCAUCAACACCAAGAUUAAUCACCAAAGCAUUGAUGGUCAACGAUCUGACUGAAUCAGUUUUGGAACAGGCAAUUGAAUCUUCGGUGGAGCUAAUCAUUUCGUUCCAUUCACCCAUUUGCAGUCCACUGACAAAAAUCACUCAGAGGAAUUGGAGGGAGCGCAUCAUUUCUCGAUGCAUCGAACAGAAAAUUGCAUUGUAUUCGCCACACACCGCCUGGCAUGUCGUUGAAAAAGGCGUUAAUGACGAAAUGUGUAGCCUCAUCAACGUUGGACAACGUGGCUAUACCGUCAAGCCCAUCGUACCACAUCCAUCGAAUCCAUUGAAGCGAGGCUCUGGACGACUAAUUCAGUAUGAAGAAGAUCUACAUUUGGAAUACUUCAUCGAACAAGUGCAGAAUCUGUUUGACCUGAAACACGUACAGAUUGCCAUGGGACUCGGUCACCAUCCAACAACGAACAUUAAAACCGUGGCGUUAUGUGCCGGUUCGCGUAGUUCGGUUCUGAAAAAUAUCCAUGCUGAUUUGUAUAUUACCGGUGAGAUGUCCCAUCACGAUAUUCUGGAUGCUGUUCAUCAACGAACUUCUGUUAUUUUGUUGAAUCAUACCAUUUCGGAGCGUUUGUUCGUUCAGAAACUUGGUCGAGAUUUCAAUCAGAUGUUUGCAUCGAAACGCAUAUCCACUCGUAUAAUGCUGGACAAGCAACACGAUAAAGAGCCGUUGGUUACACACUAAAUGCAAUUGAAUAAUGUACCUUUUCACUAUUAUAACGUAGUCAAAAGUAGAAGUAGUCAAAGCCAUGGCAAAAAGCGUAAGUGAUCCUAUAUGAGUUCACAGCACUCAAAAGUUCUUUGAUACUAACUAGUCUUUAACAUGGCAUUUCACGUCUUUUAAGAAAAUUUUCUUGCUCAAUUUGAAUCUUUUUGAAAAAGUUUCUUAUUAAUUUAGUGAAAGCGGACGAAAAACACAAUUGAAAAACAUCAAUCACUACAUAUCCGCUUCGUAGUGACCUCUGUCCAUUUUGCACUUUUUAUAAACUUGUGUCCUUAGUUCCUAGAAAUUUUACACUUUAGCAUAGAACAUUAGAUUGGCAAUCAUUAUACGUAAAUAAAUUUUAAUCAAAUGAAAAUUGACAUCUCAGACCACUCUUAAGGUGCCAG